GCAGUCCCUGGAAGCCCCAGGGUGCUCGUGUAAGGUGUGAGAAUAGAGAAAGAAGGUUCCGGAACCAAACCAGCUUUACGUUGUUGCCAUAGUGGACUGCAAAGUGCAAUGCAUUCCAUCCGUCCUUGUCGAAAACGUCCUUUUUUUAACGAGCCACUCGCAAAUCCUUCUGUUUCCUCCCCAUGCAGCCAAUUGAAGGGCGUUAAUUUUAUUAAUUGUUUGCUUAUGAAUCAAAUUCUCGUUUUGUUGCUGCAGAUAUUUGACCAGUUAUAUUUUACUGAAAAAUAAGUGUAGAAUAAAAAAAUUGGAUGGAAUGAAAACUUUUUUAAAUAUCGCAGUAUUAAAGUACAAUAAAUUUAUGAAAAUUUAUCUCGCAGGCUAAAUUUUUUCAUCGUAAAACUUUAAAUAUGAUAUUUUGAACAAAACAUUAAAUUUACAAGGAAAUAGUCACUAGGUAUGUUUAAGUAAAAAUUAUAAUUGUCUCAAAGUGAGGAAACCCAUGACAAGCAUAAUCUUGUUAACAGAAGCAGCUCUCGCUGAAUAAAGUGAUUUAAUUUCACUCACUAUGAUAUCUGGUACCUAAAGCAAAAUGAAUUCAUUGACUCAUUAAUAAUUUUCAAUCAAAUCUAAAAUUCUACAUUCAAGUGAGUUAAAUAAGAAAUCCUUCACCAUUGUGGAAAAUUUACAGAUGAAAAUUUUUGUAUUUCCUCCUGUAAAAAAUUAUUCUUCAGACGACGAAGUUGUCAAUUAGAGAAAUGAACCCCAAAUAUAAAUUAUAAACUUAAUAGAGCGAUAAAAUGCAAACCAGGAAGGAGGGUGAAUUUUUUAAACAAAUCCGCUCCAAACUGGAUAGAAUUAUUAUUAUUUUUGAAGUUUUGGUUUGGAAUGGUAUCGGCCAGGUUCUUGGAGAUUUUCCUUAUUGCCAUUGUUGCCUCCAACAAUAGAGGUAUUAUUUGCUUUAAUGAUAAUUAUUAAGACUAGAAAGAUAAUUUCGAUGAAGCCAGCCAGACUGAUUUUCCCUGGACGAAACAAGUUGCUACAAACAAUGCAGAAGAAGUAACUUAACUUUUUAUUUUUUUAAUUUUUUUUAAUUAUCUCUGUUGAUUUGCCCAAAGGAGGUUCAUUAUUGCAAGGAAUGUUCGAGAGGUGAGGCCGAGUAUUGCGGCUGCGACUUGGGCAGGAAUUGCAUCGCUUGCCAGUUUUUGCCCCAAACACCUUCAAAAUUAAAAAUAACAUCGAGUGAAAUUAAAUCCAAGAAUGAACAUCUCAAGGACUGCAAUCGAGGAUUAUAAUGGUGACCAUUAAUUGUGAAUUUGUUUGAAGAAGUUGACACUCGAGGAGAUGAUCAUGGAAAUGAAGAGAUCGGGCUUUUCCUCGUUGCAGAAAAAUUGUUUUUAUUCAAAAACAAAUGGCUCUACCAGUUUCGGUCACGGUCUGCGACCCUAUUUCAUGAGCAAGAAAAAAUACAAAAAAUCAGCAAAUUGAAAAAACACCACAUUUUAAAUAAAAAAUUAAAUUCUUAAAAACUAACAAAUUCAGGUACCAACCUAUUUCAUGAGCAAACGCGCUGCUCGCUGACUAAUACAAGAAUGAGCUAGCUAAAGACAGAUUGAUUGGGGGAGGUGAUCUUUAUUGGGUGAUUAGCGCGCGGCGCGGCCGACCACGGGGGCGCCGAAUGACGUCGGGCACAUUAUGCGUUUUCGAGAAAAAGCUGUUUGCUUCCUCUCUCAAAAAGGACAUCCACCUUUGAUCGAAUUGGUGGCUCGGUUGGCUUAUUACAUUAUUACCGCAUGCCAUUGCCAUUGCUUCCAGCACUUUUCUUUUUGAUUGAUUUUGUUCGAAUUUAAUAACCGUUGCAUCUGACCAGGCAAAAGAAUGGCCAAAUUCAGUCGCGUGUUGAGCUAUUUGAAAACCAUUGCUGUCCGUCCCAAUUGUGGCCGGAUCAAAAGUUUUUGAAAUUGCCCUUUUAUGCUCGUCAAAUCGGAAAUAAACGUGUCUUUUUGUCUCCUUAAUGUAAACUGAAGAGCAAUCGGCGCAUGGCACGCGGUAUACACAAUUACGCAGAGCAGGUUCACAUUUGGGCUUUACAUGCAUUAAACAUUUUCGCAGAUUUGAAGAGUUUGCGAAUGCAACUCGCACUCUGGCAACUUCUUGGCUGAUGGCCCUGAUUUUCUCUGAUUUUCCUUUAAAAUAAGGAAUGACCAUUGUGGUUGAAAAUUGAUCGGGGGCUUUGGGUGUUGGAGGAUUUUUCGCUUUAUUGUGUGCUUUGUUGAUAAAAUUUACGGGGUAACAAUUUCUUGCUCAUGAAAUAGGGUCGCAGACCGUGACCGAAACUGGUAGAGCCAUUUGUUUUUGAAUAAAAACAAUUUUUCUGCAACGAGGAAAAGCCCGAUCUCUUCAUUUCCAUUAAUUGUGAAAACUGUUUUUUACGAGUGAGUUUCAUUUUGAUUAAAUGUUCUUCAGGGCAAAUCUUGAAAAAUUUGGUUUCCGCAUUUUAACGUGUUUCUCUUUUCUUGAAUUAAAAUUUUCUUUAAUUUUGUCAAGGUGCACGCAAAAAUGCAAUAAAUUUUCUGCAGAUAAAGCCACCAAGCAAUUAUCACUUUGCGCCCGCGGAAUUGUUUUCUUUUUUUUUUAACUGUCUCACUCUUAUUUUAUGUUCUUCCGGCAAAGCAAGAUAAGUUUUAUUUAUGAAUUUUAAAACGUUGUAUCGUUUUCCCCAAAUAAAAUUUUCUUUAUUAACGUAAACAAGAAUGUCAAGAAAAAAACUGUCUCACUCCUUAUCAAGUUAAUUGCACAGCCCGGGAGCGUGGAAAACUAUAAAAGAUCACAAUUAUUAUUUUGCAAUAACACACGGCGAGCAAAAGUGCAGAAAGCGCAAAUCAUUAAAUUUGUGCUCGUAAAUAAAUUCGGUAGAAAUAUUUGGUACAAAUAAUUAAUUUUUAUUGAAUAUAAUAUUGACUAAUGAGAUGUUCAUUUUUUUACAUGUGCAUUUCCAAAUCAAGAAUGAAAAAUUAUCCCAAACCAAAAGAGUAAAAAAUCCCAAUACAUUAUAUAUUAUAAUUAUUAUUGGUGUUUAUUCACUUUUCAUUAUUUGCUUUAUUAUUUUUGCAGAUGACAUAAAAAUCUCUAACUAGUCAUUUUUCAUUUUUAUACAAGCGUGUGUUACAAACAUAUUAUUGUUAUUAAAUUUAAAUUAUUCUAUUUUUAUGGAGAAAUAAACUAAAUUCUAAAUAUUAAGCUAUGAAAUUCAUAUUCUGCUUCUUAAUGAAAUUUAAAAUGAAAUAUAUUAUUUUAAAGAAUGUCAGACUGAUGUUUUCAUUUCCAAUAGGUUUCGGUCAAUUUUCGUCUUGAGGUCUUGACCAAAUUUUUUUGGUCAACAAUAAUCUCUUCUUGCGUCCACGUCCACAAAGUUGCUUCUUCUCAAAAAGUUGACAAUUUCAUUAUUAAAGUCACUCUUUCUUAACAUUAAAUUUUUUAAUUUAAAACUCAUUUGAGUACAACAAAAUGUUAAAAUAACUGCAAAACGAGACCUAAAUUCUCCCACUCAAGAAGAAAAAUAUGGGGAAAAAAUAUAGUUAAAUAAUUUGUUCUAAAUGGAAAUGUAUAGGGACAACUUUUCCCAGGUUAUGAUUUUUUUUUCUUUUUAAAUUGCAUGGUUUGUGAAAUUAGCCUUUAGAAAAAACGAUUUAGUUUUUUUUCUUAAAAAAAAAAGAGAUAUGGAAACACCAGGGAAAACGAACAAACGAACUUCCCUGUUGCACUCGGAACGACAAAAGUUAAUUGCAGCAUUUAAAUCACACCGAAGGCGAGGGAAAAAUGAAAUUUAUUAUACACGCCCGUCGGAAAACAUAAAGUGUUCUAAACUAAAGCAGAAAUUUCUUAUCAGCAAAGCCUACGAAGGGUAUAAAACGGAAAAGCGGGCAAAGGUGUUGGUUCAGAAGUCGCGAACAGUCCAGAAUCGUCGUCAAUAAUUUAUUCAAGAAUAAAAACUGCACGCAAGAAUAAGAUGAUGUCGCUGGUGCUGAUUCUACUCGCCUCCCUUUUCCUAACAACUUUGGCAACUUUUGGGCCGACCGUGGACGCCGACUGGGCCGGCCAGUUUCCCUACAUCGCGAAGCUCGAAACUCCUUCGGAUCCGAUCGACAUCACCACUCCCGCGCUGGUCGUGAGCCAAAAAAUGGUGGUCGCUUCCUCUGAGCUCUUCCACUCGAAUUCGCCUGCCUCGUACACGAUGACUGACCACAAUCUGGAGGUUCACCAGGUGGCAAGAUUGGUGUGGAUCGACGACAAGUUCGUCGUUGUGAAAACUUGCAAACCUUUUGGAUCUGGACGCUUCAAUCUGACCCUGAGCGAAUUCUUUGAUUAUCAGGCCGAUGACCCAGACGCCGCCAUUAUCUUCUUCCAGGCCGACAGUUUGAAGUCCAAGUCGACGACGGUGCUGUCGGACGCGACCUGCGAUUCAACCUUCGGAUCUGGUUACAGUGGAUUUAACACUUGCAUCGCUCAAGACACGACUGCCAAUAUUUGUGCGACGUACUACACCGACAGCCUUAUUGUCCCGACCUUCGUGCACAAGCUGUUGUUGGUGGUCCAGGGCCGGGUGCAGGCAACAUUGAGGAACGCGAGCUGCGACGCAUCAAACUCCAACUUUAGGCAAACCCAAUUCCGCAAGAUCGACAAGUUCCGCACGAAUAUUCUCAGAAUCGCAGGCAUUGUCGUUGACAAUCCUUGACCAAAAACUUUCAAUUCUCCUCUCCGCUCUGCUUUGCGUUUUAAUUUGACGAAUAAAAAAGCAACUGCUGUUUUGUUGUAAGUUCGCCACUUUUAAAAAUUUUAUGUUGCGCACGAAGAUGAGGCAAAUUUACUUGAACCGAUAUUUGGUCUGUGGACAAUAAAAUCUCGUUUUUUUUCAAUUUGAAGAAGUUUUGAAUUAUUUAAUUUAAUUUCUCAUGACUAUGUGAUUUUCGUGAUUUUCAAUGAUUUUGUUUUGUUUGGUGUGGCAGUAAAAAUUAAUAAAAAUGGAAAUUAGAUGAUUUUGAAAAAAAAAAAAUGUUAACCACAUUGAAAUAAAAUAUUUUAGAGGGAAGGCUGCUGAUUGAUAUUUAAGCCAAGUGGAAAAUUACAAAAUGAAUUUUUGAGUGUGCGAAAAGAAACAAGCGAGAACUAUCAGAAAUAUUAUAAAGGAAUAAAUAAAAAAUGUAGAGAAAUUGCAAUUAGGACAAACCUCGUGGGGGCUGGGGAGUCCUCUCUUUCCUCACCCAAUAUUUUUAUUAAAUUUAUUUGUAUUGAAAAAAA